AUGUCCAGUUUUUGGUGUUAAAAUUAUUUAGGGGACAAAUGAUUUAGUUUUUUAAACAAUGAAAGAUAAGGUUUCAUUUGUCUUAUCAAUUUGUUUUUCUCCAUCCUGAAAAGAUGCCCCAUAUAAUGAUCCAGCAAACUUGCAAUGAAAUGCUAUCUUGUCUCAUGUAAUGACCUCAGCUCAUUGUAUAUAAUGGCAUUCUAGAGGAAUAAAUUUUUCUCUUUUGACAAAUUGCAGAAUGAAUCACUUGUCUUCUUGACAGCUGAUUUGACAUAACGAGACCAGUCUGUGUUACUUGGAAAUAAAUUUAUACAACUGUUCAAACAGUAAGCUAAGCCAACCGGAAAUUCAUCAAAAAUGGAUGUAGUGGGUAAUGUGGCAGAGGUCGUACAACAAAAAUAAAUGAGCUAAUAUGAGAUGAAGGGUGAAGUAUCUGGCAGUGCAGCUAACAAGUUAACACGAUUCUAUUGUAUGUGCUCCAGUUAAACUACCUGACAAGCACAGGUUAGGUGUAGGAUUUGAGGGCCUGGGUGGAAAGAGACAUAAACCAAUAUACGGUGGAUUAAAUCAUAAAUUCAGCAUCAGCAGGCCAGCGGGAAAGCAGUAACUUAUUCAUCCAGAAGUUUGGUUGCAAAGCUAAUGAGCCACUAAACCACAGUAAUGGUCUUUUAAAAUAAAUGAAAGGACUCGCGUGAGUGGUACCUAUUUCAAUCAGAUCACUGGCAGGAAAAGGCAUCCAGCAUUUGUUGGUUAAAAAGUCACUUGCUGAUAAUGACUUUAUGAUACCUUUGGGUGCUUCAAUUAAAUGCAUUUUGUGUGGGAUAAUGGCAUGCACAAUGUUAGGCAAGGUUGUACUGUAUGCUGAAUCUCAGUUUCAGCUGUCUGCAAAUGCCCUUUAACACUGAAAAGCAUUACAAGGCUCGAUUCAUCAGGGACUAGGCGAACAGUAUGGAGAUUGAGAAAGCUGAACUUGGAAAGCAUACGGAAAACUUUGAGCUCCAGAAUUUGUCUGAAGCCAAAGUGACCAAUGUGAAACUUGAUGGGACAGAUAUGCUGGCUGUGGAUGACAAUUUCUGCACGGCUGAAACAGGAGAUCAUAUUUCAUGUCAGACUUCGACAGAAGUGAAAGAAGCACCGGUGACAUCUGUCUCAAAGAUGGAUACUUUUUGCCACCAAAUUGUAGAUGAUGUAAAACUUGGUGUGAUACAAACUGACAAUUCUCAGCCACCAAUUAAAACGGGGGAUAACUCUGAUGUAGUGCUGGGAAAUGUAUUGGACACUGUUCAUCCUACAGAGGAACUGGAAGAGGUAGAUCUGAACGAACCUGACAGUUUUCCUCUUAGAAGAGUAGACUGCGGUGUUGUAGCCAUAGACAAGGAACAGGCAGAAGGUGGUGAGGACUUUGAGUUGAGGAGGAGUCAUUCUGAGAGCACUUUGGUUGGAUCCGAAGGCACCAGGACCCCGGUUCUGGAAGAGAGCUGUAUAUUUGGGGAAGAAGAAGACAAUUUUGUCCUGACAGCUUUGUUUUGUGCCACUGAAGAUGGGAAUUUUGCUGGAAUAAAAAGGUUGCUUUCUAUGACUUCACUAGACAUCAACAUAUCAAAUAGGCAUGGGGAGACAGCGUUACACAGGGCUGCCAGCGGAGGACAUGUGGAGGUAGUGAAACUGUUACAGAGCAAUGGAAUGAACCUCAAUGUCACAGACCAGCAUGGGGACAAUGCUGUGUACUGGGCUGCUAGGCAAGGGCACGUGGAAGUGGUCAAAUAUCUCAAAGAACAAGGGGUCUCUGUGGAUCAACAAAAUAAGUCUGGCGAGUCGGCCUUGCAUGUAGCUGCGCGCUAUGGCCACAGCCAUGUGGUCCAAUACCUGUGUGAGGCAGGAGCCAAUGUGGAUCUUCAAGAUGAGCUUGGUGAGACUGCUCUCCAUAGCGCAGCAUGGCAUGGUUUUUCCAUUAUCUGUACAUACUUGUGCAAUGCAGGAUGCCAACUAGACGUGCAAAAUAAGGAUGGCGAGGUGCCCAUCCAUAAUGCAGCUGGGCGUGGUUACCUGGAGUGUGUGAAGGUACUGCUGAAUACUGGGGCCAGGCUGGACCUGUAUGAUAAACGUGGUAGCAGUGCCCUCCACUGGGCCUGCAGGCGCCACCACACUGCCAUAGCCAUGCAGCUGGUCCAGGCUGGGUGCCCUCUAGAUGUGGUAGAUGAGACUGGAGAAAGUGCUAUCCAUGCAGCAGCACAUGAAGGACUGUUCUCUGUGGUGCAGGCAAUGUGUGCUUAUGGUUGUGAUGUCAAUAUUAUUAGCAAGAAUUCUCUCACUGCUCUCCACUCUGCAGCUAAGGGUGGCUACCUGGAGAUAGUCCGCUGUCUGUUACUGGCUGGAGCUGACCCUGAUGUGCCCAACAAGGAUGGCGUGAUUGCAGAGAUCCUUGCCUUGGCCCAGGGGCACUCUGAAAUAGCUGAUCUUCUCAUACGGAUGAAACCAGUAUUCUUGGAGCACAUGAUCCCCUGGGACUACAGUGAUACCAGCCAGUUUUAUUUUGAAAAAUUCCGUCUGGACCGACGGGUGAACUUCAUCAACCAGCUAGUGCCAACACGUCACCCAUUGAAGAGAAUCAAACUGAAAGUUUUUGGUAGCAGUGGUGUGGGCAAGACCACCCUGAUUAGUUCCUUGAAAUGUGGCUACAUCACUGGGUUCUUCCGGCGCAGGAUCACCAGCACUAGUGCCAUGUUGGCCAAGUCACACUGGCACCAAAACCAUCACAGAAGUCAUGUGAAUGGGUUGCAGCGUCACAGAAGUCUUCCUAGUCAGUUGUCCUAUGAAGUCCGACAUGACCACUAUACAAAAGGCAUAGAUGUUCAGCUUGCCAAUAUCUCUGUUGCUGGAGACCUGAGUAUCUGGGAGUUCUCUGGCUAUGAGCCUUACUACAUGCUUUAUGACAACUUCAUAGGCGACAUCAACUGUGUCCACACUGUAUUAUUCAGCCUGGCUGACCCCCCUGACAUCAGGCGAGCUCAGGUGGCCUACUGGUUAAACUUCAUCAGGGCUAGAAUACAGCCAUUAGAACCAAUAGGUCAUUGUGGCAAGCAGGCAAACUUGGCCAAGAUAGUCCUGAUAGCCACGCAUGCAGAUAGAGCCAUGUGCUUCAAGAAUUCUCGCGGGGAGUUUGUCAAUGCUGAGGCUCUGUCCCUGUUAAAUGAAAUGCGGCAAAGGUUUUGGCUGGACUUUGACAUCUCAGAGUCCAUGUUUGUCCUGGAUGCCAACUCUGCCAUGUCCAAUGAUAUGAAGGCAUUUAGACACUAUCUUGCAGAUCUAAAAAUGUCCACAAUCCAGCAUCUUCCAACCACCUUAGGUUUUACUGACGCAAUGGUGGCUCAGCUACCAUCAUGGAGAAGGUCUUCCUCAUCUUUUCCUGUGUUGUCAUGGCAACAGUUUGUUGAGUAUGCUAGGGCCAAGGUGAACCCUCUGGCCAGUGAAGAGCAUUUAAAGACUCUAAUACAACAGCUUCAGUUGAUGGGAGAGGUAAUCUACUUGGAGACAGAUUCUGAGCAAGAUCUGGUGAUAUUGUCCCCCAAAUGGCUGUGUCACGAUGUCAUUGGUGGUUUACUGUCACAUGACCGUAUUGUGCACACACGCCCAACAGGUUGCUACACAGUGGAUGACUUCCAGAUGAUGUUUCCGGAGGCAGAUGCCUUGGAUCUGCUACAAGUCCUGCAGGCUGUGGAGAUGUGUGUGCAGUGUGAAAAUGAUGGGGACAUAGAGUAUGAAUUCCCAUGCUUGAACUUUGUGGAGACUUUGCGAGGACUCUGGGAAAGUGAUUCUACGCUGACGAGUUAUGGAGGUGUCCGUUUGCAGAGUGAGGUCCCAAUGCAGCUGAAGCAUAUAUUUCCUAAAGUUCAGGUCCAGUUAAGAAGGAGCAUCCAAAGUGAGAACCAAGACCCAGACAAUGACUUGUACCAGUGGUACCAUGGCUCAAAAUUCUGUUGCGGACUUAUGGAGGGAAUGAUAACCCUAGAAGACUUCGAUGCUAUAGAUAUUAAAGUACGUGGGCCGUCUGAUUCUGGGAGCACAUUAUACUAUUUCCUGGAUGACCUUGUGUCCCUAGUGGAGCAAGUGUUCAUAGAUGCAUGCCCAGGGUUGUUCAUUGAAAGACAGCUUCUGAGUUCCGCCCAGCUCCAGAGGCAUUCUCUUCCUGUGCACGCGUACUCCAACACAGUGCUGCUGAAACAGCAAUUGCUGGGCGAGCUAGAAGUGACAUACAAUGGCACCAAGGAAAGGUUCUUUGAUGUUUUGUGCCUUCAUUCAGAGGAGGUUGAGGCAUCGUUAACACUGGGCAUAGACUUGCAUGUAUCUGCACUGUCACUGCACACACGGAGACACCUUAGUUCACUCCUAGAUAUUCACGACCACAUGGGGAGAGACUGGUGUUUGCUAGCAGUGAACAUGGGGAUGACAGAUGCCUUGCCAAGACUGGAUUCCUCUCAGGAUGAAUCUGAGAGCAAGACGGACAAAGUGUUGCAGAAAUGGAGCAAAGAGGCUGGCAGUACGAUUGGACAGCUGAUUCUCAAGCUACAAGAACUUGGCAGGCAGGAUGCUGUGGAUGUCCUACUGUAUACUGCCCCUGCAUAUAGAGUGUCCCCCCUGGAAGAGCAGAGUCAAGAUGGCCUAGAAGGUGCUGGAACCCAGGGGUAUAACUCUACUAACACUGUGUCAGACCUUUCCAGGUAGUUAUUUUUUCAAUAGACACAGCUUUCAAACAGUGGUGCCCCCUGAUUCAAGUUCUCAGGAGGAUUAGUAAUUUAAUUCCAGAGCAUAAUGUCUUCAAAUUAGAUGUAUUUAUUGUUAUUUGUGAUACCAUACACUUAACUGAAAUGAACAGAGCAAGAAAGGGGUUAGGGGCAUUCUCAAACAUAUUAUUGUUGCUUUUGUGUAGCCAAUUUAGGAGGAACCAUUCAUCUUGUAGUCUUAGUCUUUCAAUUGACUUAGAUCAAAGCAAUAUAAAAUGUGUUGCCUUUGAACAUUAGCAAGGACAAGGAGACUUUUCACUUGCCCAUGUAUGAAUUUAAAACAAAGAGAUUAAUUUUGUUUCAUAUCUCGUAGUAGAUGAAAUAAAGCCAAUGCCUGUUGUCUGAAACUCAAAGGAUAAAUUUAGAUCAGAGUAUCAAUUAGCUAGUGAAUGGUUAUCGUUGGGUAAAUAUAGUUAUUAUCUUGGGUAAAUUGGUUUUGUGUUAUCUAUAACUGAAUCAAAGCUAAUCUUUAUGCACUAGAUAUUUCACAGAAAAUUUAGCAAUGCUUUUUUGCACUUUAGGGUUAAUUAGUUAUUUGAAGGAACCAUUUUUCUCUCCGAAAAAUGUAAUUAAGCUGUAAGGCUGAUGUUAUUGAAUUUGCUUAUGGCCAUUUCCUUCUCUAAUUUAAUUAGCUACAGUAAUUUGGGACUAGAUCAUAAGUGUCAUAAGAAUUGCCAUUGCUUUGUUAUUAAUGCUUACAGUGCUGCCAUGGAUAUAUCUCCAUGAAGCACAUCUAAUUUAAGUCUCUUUUUUUAUUUAUUCUGUUUUUCACCAAUGCAUUUAUAUGAGAGAGAAACAUAAGAGUAUAUAUGUAACCAGGGCCAGAAAAUCAUCAUAUCAAUUUGUACGCUCACUAUUUCACAAGGUUUGGAUUCUAAUAAUGGUUAUUAAUUUCUGAUAGUUACUGUUAUCCACUUUGUUGAAAAGUAGAGCAGGAGAGGCAGGGAGGAAGAAAGGAGUUGAGGAAGGAAAAGAGACAGGCGUUGGAUUAUGUAAAGACUCAAUUGGAAUGUGUUCCAAGAAAAAAAUGCCAAGGUAUUUUUAUCACAUCCUCAAUUAAGCCUUAUCAGCAAAACAAAUUUCAUUAUCUGAAAUGCUGGUUGCAAUAGAUAAAGGGAACUUGGAUGAAUCAAUCUGCAUAGAGUAUCAGAGAUGUAAUAGAAUUGGUUGUUGCCACUUAGCACUGUAUUGUCCAGAUACUUAGGGGACUACUUGGGAGUUUGACAUUCUUUAAACUAGUCACAAAAGAAAGGGUAUUCUAUUAAAUGUUGUAUUCUACAGUUGUCAGUUUGACUGGCAGUUUUCAGUGUGAUAAGUGAUUCUGAUAUUAUUUAAUGUGCGAGUUAAUAUGAAGUCAGUUGCCAUUCCAUGAUAUUUUAAUUGGUUUUAAAGCCCUAGAUGCCACAGGUAUACAAUUGAUUAUAUUUAUAAAAGGUUUUUGAAUGAUAAAAUGGCGACCUAUUUAUGGAUGCUCAGAAUUUUUCUUUGGCACAAAAUAAAAUUUAAAAGAGACUUUCAUUGA